AUGGUCACCAUGUUCGGCCGACUCACCCAUUACGCUUUUGACGCUGUUCUUUUCUCUGCCUUUUUGGCGGGUGUGAAGCGUUCGACUGGUCUUACCCCCAGUCUCGACUCCGACAAAAUCACCGAUAACAAGGAUUUUAAGAAAUGGAUCGAUAGCUACCUUGGCGUUGGCGAGUGGGUGAUGGAUCAGUCCGUUGCCGUCCUAGGCUCCACCAGCUAUUUCGAGCGCAAGCGGUGA